UCCCUACCGGUACAAGUACAAGUGAGACAGCGAGCGGUUGCCUUACUCCUUGCCGCUUAUCUUCUCCAGUUCUCCGUUCUCCCCCUACUUCUCCUCCUCCUUCCCCACGAAAGCCAUGGGGGACCGGCCCUACCCCUCCUCCAACCGUAACGCUAACGGUGCUCGGACUCUCAACGGCGGCGGAGCCACCACCAAUGGCGGAUCCGGCGGUCCCCCUCCCUUCCCGCCCGCGAAGGCCCAGCAGUAUAGCGCCACCCGCCAGCUCUACCGCCCCCUCCCUCCUCAGCCCCCCCGCCACCGAGGGCGCCGCCGAGGGUGCUGCUGCGCCUGCUGCCUCUGGCUGACCCUUCUCCUGAUCGCCCUCAUCUUCCUCGCCGCCAUUGCCGCCGGCAUCUUCUACGUCCUCUACCACCCCCAGCGCCCCAGCUUCUCCGUCGAAUCCCUCCGCCUCUCCGCCCUCAACAUCACCUCCUCCAAUCUUCUUACCUCCCGCAUCGACCUCACCGUCUCCGCCAGGAACCCCAACCGGAAGGUCGUCUUCCUGUACGACGAUGUCGCCAUCUCCGCCUACUCCAACGGGGUGGGCAUCGGAGAAGGCUCGUUCCCGGCGUUCGUCCAAGCCACCGAGAACACCACUGUCCUUAAAGCCACGGUAUCGAGCUCGCGGCGGAGCCUGGAGCCAGGAGAGGCGGAGGAUCUGACGAAGAGGAAGAAAUUCUCGCUGGAGAUCGAUCUGGAGACGAAGGCCGGGGUCAAGAUCGGGGGUUUCAAGUCUAAGCGGAUCGGAAUUAGGGUGUUGUGUGAAGGAAUCGAGGGCCGCGUCGCCAAGGGGAACCCGGCGGCCGCCGCCACUUCGCCGGCCAACGCCCGGUGCCAGGUGAAGCUUCGGAUCAAAAUCUGGAACUGGACGUUCUAGGGAAAAUAAUUCUAUCAAUGAAUUUAAAUCAUAAAAAAGUAAAAAAAAAACAAGUACAGUAGACGACUUAGUUUUUUAACAGGUCUCUUUUUGUCUUUUUUAUUUUUGUGGAAUAUAUUUCCUUUUUCUUUCUUUCAGACUUUAGAUGAGUUGUUGCUUGUUGUGCAUCGAAUAAUUUAUGUUGUUUUAUUCUCCUUCACUGAAUUGUUAUUUUCUAUAUGAUAAUUUACUGUAAUUUUGGAGCUGAAUCAGAUCUGCAUCUUUAUUAGUGUGUUCUAUUCAUCACCAAGUAUAGAUUAGUGGAAGGAAUUGUGCGGUGGGCACCGCCAUGGACAUGGUGAUGGGGAAGUGUCGGUGGAUCAACCAGACAAUGGUCUUGGUGCUUUCCACGCGUUUUCGUCUCCACGUUAGGGGUUCUUUUUGUUUCAACGUUAUUGACUCUGGAUGAUUGUGCUGAUGUACUUGAUGCAAGAUAUUUAAUUUAUUUU